UGUUCGUUCUGAACGGUUCGGUAGUGCAAGAGCGAGUGUUUGUCGACGCAAUUAAAUCAUGGAAUAAUAAAUUAAAGUGUAAUUAAUAGCAGUGAAUCAUUGUUGGAGACAGAUGUCCUAAAAGCUAAUGAACAAAAGUGACAAAUAUGCUGGAUUUAUUGCUUUUGCGAAUUUCAGCUUUGAGCAAAUAAAAGAACUGCCCUCUCAAGUGAAAAGAGGAAGUACCUACUUCUCAUUCCAGACGUCUGCCAUCAGUGAAUUUGCCUUCAAGGUGCGUUUCUGGUGUCGACUGUCGAAUAUGAUAUCGUAAAAGAGAAUACAGCUGUGUGAGUGCAUAGUGGAUCUUGUGGUGGCGGCAGUGGUCGUCGUCGUCGUCGCGCCUUGUGAACUGGUGUGAAGAAGCUGUCUUCAAAGCCGCCUGCUAUGUUCCGUUGCCUGGCACUGGCAGCACAUGAGAUAGAUGAGUGAAAAAAAUCAAUCAAAUAAAUCUUCAUUAAUUAUGGUGUUACGUUUCCUUUCUCUCUUACUGGGCUAGUUUCAGUAUGCCUUAUGUGUAGCAGCGGCAAAGCAAGCUUUGGGAACAAACAAGCGUAACGAGAAAAAGUCUCACGUCACGUUCGCAUAUAAAUACUUCUCAAGAAAAAAUAAAAUACGAAACCCAAGGGUUAGGAAAUAUAUGUAGGUAGUUAGCAUUUGCCACUGCAAAGAAGAAUAUAGCAAUUGCAAUCUAAAGGUGGUAAAAUUCCGGAAAUAGUGCUGCAUAUUAAAUAAAAACAUAAAUUCUGAUCAAAUCUAACUUCGAAGUAUCUUGUAUAGUAGACUCAUGGUUUGCUGUGGUGUGGUGUGUGUAAAUGUGUAUUUAAAAUUACUGUGCAUCAACUAUUGAGUAACGAGAGAAACAAAGUGGCAGACGGUUCUCUGCACCAAAACUCAACGGCAAGCUGGCGAACAAACAGGUUACACUAAAAAUACAAAUUCAUUGUAAUUGAAUCAUCUAUAUUCGGACAAACUGACACGAACAGACUGUGUCUGGGGAGCACGGCAACAUCUACAUCGAGGGGGUCCAUCAUUGAGUAACGUUCUCAGCUUGUGUUCGCCGUUAAGUAGUAAAAAAAACAUCCAUCCACCGGAACGUGUUACGAGGAAGAGAGUGAGCACCGCAAGUCAUCAAUCCAUACCUUCGUACCUCUGCAAGCGGGCUGAGGGUAGUAAAAAGCAUUUGUACGACGACGACGGCCCCUUAGGUCGUCUCGAAUGCACACUAGACAGGGCAGGGUGUGCAAAGCUACAUAACAACUGCUGUACUGAAUCCCCCGCGAAGAGAAGGAAAUUGGGAAUCACCUCUCAACUCACUCACUGCGCAGAUGAGCGAGAAACAUUUCUCUCGAAAUGACGAUGUUGAAUACAUUGGAUAAAACAGCAUCAAACGAUCAACUCAAAGGUGCAGCAGCAGUUUCCUUUGAGCACCCAUACAGUGUAGAGCACAUCUGUUGUUGAGCUCGGCCAUCCUGAAGUGAAGUGUAAUUAAUCAUUUAAAUUGCGAUCAUAUUAGUCGUUGAUUUCCUCAUCUCCGCAUGAGAAGGUUAAAUAAUGGUGCGCUAGAGUAAAAUUAGAAUCGGCCCUCACGGUCUUGAACCAAGUAAUAAGGUGUGAGAGGAAGGUUAUCAGAGAGUUUUUUGGUAAUCAGCCGAAAUAUGCACUGCUGUGACAAGACGUCGUCCUCUGGAGGCGUCAACUGUAAUCGCUCUCCAAACGGGUCUUCUUCGAGACCUAGUCCAAGUGGGCCACUACGGCAACCAGAUAGCUUACUGGACACGACAGCUCGAAUUGUAGCUCAAAAUGAACCAUUCCAAAAAAUUGAAGAACGUUACGAUCGUAUACCCGAGCCUGUGCAGAGACGGAUUAUUUUCUGGUCCUUUCCACGGAAUGAAAAAGACAUUUGCAUGUAUAGUUCCCUGUCCAGGGUUUCCUCAAUAAACUCCGUAGAACCUCAAAGCUUGAGUUUCUGUGCUGGUUUGAAACUGGUUGAGUCCGGCUGCGUCGAAGAUGUACUUCAAGUAGGAUUUCAUCUCAGUGGGAUCGUGUGGACCUAUCCACCGAAUCCCAAUCAGCGACAGUCUUCUUCAUCUGGGACAACCUCAUUAUCGAAUGGAAACCGUCAUGAAAUCCCGUAUCAAUUCCCCAACAUUAAUAACAGUCACCAGCACAACAACUAUAUCGGAAACAAUAAUCAUCAUCAUAAUCCCCACAAUCAUCGGCCUUUGACUCCCCCGCCUUUGCACCAGGCUCAGUUAGCCGCGGGACCUCCCAUGCCACCAGGUGGGCCAGUGAUGUUUCCACCACCCCCGGGAAUCGCGCAACCAGUCCCACCACAAUACAACAAUAAUCCAAAUAUUGAUCGUGAUGGAUUUAACAAUAUUUCAACCUCGUCAUCUUCAGGCCAGGCCAGCAUGGAAGAGAACAAAAAAUUCAAAGUGUCAGUCAGCUUUGAUAGAUGUAAAAUUACAUCAGUGACAUGCAGCUGCGAUACAAAAGACAUAUUCUGGUGUCAUCAUGUAGUAGCACUAGCUCUUUAUAGGAUCCGCAAUGCGGAAACAGUCAAGCUGAGAGUUCCUAUUUCAGAAACACUACUACAAAUGAAUCGACAGCAAUUACAAAAGUUUAUCCAAUACUUGAUCUCAGAGCAUCAUACAGAAGUUUUACCAACGGCUCAACGGCUGGCUGACGAAAUCCUACAGCAAAGGUCGGAGAUCAAUUCAAUAUGCGGAGCACCUGAUCCUACUGCUGGUGCUUCUAAAGAUGAUGAUCAUUCUUGGCAUUUGGACGAGACUCAAGUGUGUGAAGCUGUCAAAACGUACCUUGGCCAGGGCAGCUACUACUACAGUAGCAAGCACUUAAAUUCGUUGUUCGGAAAAGUUCGGGAAAUGCUACGUGCCCAGGAUUCAAAUGGCGCAAGGAUGUUAACGCUAAUAACUGAACAAUUUCUCAACGAUCCCCGUUUGGUGUUGUGGAAGAACCACGGGACACCAAUGACUGAAAAGUGUCGCCAACUUUGGGAUCAACUGGGUGCUUUGUGGGUUUGCAUAGUGCUAAAUCCGAAAUCGACUCAUUCUGAGCGGUUAAAUUGGAAAGCUCUCCUGGAAAAAUGGUCGAAGAGUGAAGUUUGCCCUCAAGAAGAUCCAGAUCUGCGAACUUCUACCAGAGAGAGCAUUCGAGAACGUUCAAAUCGUGAACGAGAACGUGAUAGAAAUCGUUUCUUCCGGGAAAAUAAUCUGAGAAACAUGAUGUUUUACAAUCAAAAUAACAUGCACCCUAACGAUCUACUCCAUAGAAACUAUAACGAAAGGAAUAUAAAUGGGCAAGGCAAUAAUAACAUGGAGCGUCAAAACAAUGGACAAAACGAUAAUUACGAUAGCUCGGAAUCUGAUUCUGAUUCCGAUGAGGAAAUGGAGGAAAAUAAUGAUGCAGACAAUGGUGAAAACGAAAAUAAUGUUGAUCCAAAUGUGGCCAAUGAAGCUAAUCCCGACCAUAUGGAAGAAGAUGUUGAUCAAGUGCAUAAUAUUUUGCAAGACAUUAAUUUUGGCGUUAAUCCCGAAGCAAACAAACCUGACGACAAUGACUACAUUAAUUUGAAUUUAAUAAAUGAGAAUAGUAACCUAAACCCAAUUCUUCCGGAGAACGACGAUAGUUCUAGAGAGUCCAUGGAUGGUGACAACGACACUCCGAUGGCUGGACCUAGUGAUAUGGCUACGAGUAAAGCAAUCAAACAGGAUAACUUUUUUAGAAGUAACCCUUGUAUUUGCGGAGAGGAGAAAUGCGAAUGUAAUCGUCCAGUCUUUUUUGAUGAAAUCAAACCUGGAAAAUUCUUCGAUUGUGAAGCAUCUAACUUCAUGGUUACAGAAGAUGCUAAUCAGGGCUGUGAGCCACUGAAAAAUAAUGAACAUGAGAUACCCACAGUAGAACAUGAGACUGUUGAAGAUAAAAAUGAAAAACACUGUGAUAUUUUAGAAAAAGGUAAUAAUUUAAAUUCAUUUGAAGAUCUUGCUGUGCCUGGACCUUCAGGUCUGUCACGGUUAUCUCUGGCAGCAGUCUCUGCAACUCCAAUAUCCGCGUCUUCAAUGAACGAUUGCAAAUGCCAUAAUGAUGCAGAUGCGAUGGCCGGUGCAUGCACUAGCAGUAAUGAAACAGGUAUUUGCAAUAGCAAUGCUGAAAAAUUGGAGAAGUCUGACAAUCCCACUGAAACUAGUCAAUCGAAUGAAGAAAGACAAUCGUUGGUCUUGAGGGACAAUGAUGCCAAUAAAGUUAACCAAAAUGAAGCGGAAACAGAUGAUCCUCAACCAGGACCAUCGCGAUUAGUCGACUGCGGCAAUAAGCGUCCACAAAAUCCCGCGAACGAUCGCCACAAUGAAAAUAAUGGACGACCUUGCAAGCGCCUCAGAUUAAACAAUGGCAACUGGGUUGGCAAAAACACAAACAAAACUCCUCGUACUAUUUUUCAUAAAGCUUUAGAUGCUGUAAAUAUGACAUGGGAUAAUGACCAUUUGAAGUUCAUCCUUGACUCGGACAGUUAUUCAAUUUCGAGCCAAAAUUCAGUGCAAAUUGCAGGCUCUAGCAAAUCGUUCAGCAACAGCCCAAGUUCCAAGUCAAACUUCAAUGCGGUCGGUCAGCCACUGUGGCAUGAACAAAUUUCGAUGACUGCAGCUCGUAUUGAUUCUUUGCGCUCCCAUGGCCAUAUAGAGGCUGCACUACGGCUUUCCGUUAGUGUCGUGAGAACGAUGAGAGAAAUUCAAAGAGAUGCUCAAGCUUUGUGGCAUCGUCACAAACCAAAGAUCGCCGACGUCAAAAUAGUAGAACCAGUAUGCAGCUGUCAAACUACUGCAACACCAACACCAUCAUCUUCGUCAAAUGCAGCGGCAUCUUCGAAAAGUAAGGAAAAUAAUUCGCAACAAAUGCCCCCGCCACCUGUCCCUGGACCGUCGACAAGCGCUUCGUCGUCCAACAGCAACAAGAUUUGUCACUGUCCUGCACAUCAGCAUCAUUUGCAAGUUCCUCCUCCUCCACCACCACCACCACAACAACAGUUCCAACAGCACCCGCAAAUCAAAAAAGACUGCUCGAAGUGUCUACAAAUAAAGUGCUACUACGAAUCUGUUGGGUCCGUUGGACAUGGUUCAAGUUCAUCGAAACACAAUUAUUACAAUAAUAUGAUCAGGAAUAGUCGGGGCGGAAUGAUUUGCCAUUCAUCUAAAUGUAAUCCUUUCAUUCCGCCGCAAGCCGAAAUGUUCCGUAAUCCACAGCCACAUUGCAGUCGGGAUUAUCGUUACAUGAAAUUCAGUAUGCCUCCGACGCCGCACCAUCCCCAUAUGCAUCAGAAUCACCAUCAACAUCAUCACCAACAAGGCAUACCGGCUUUGAUUGGUCCUCCUCACGGACCCCAUCAUAUGCACCCACCAGGUCAUCAUAUUCCACCACCGCCCGCUAUGAUGCCACCUCAACAUGCAGUUAAUGAACCUCCCCCAAUGCCAUCAAAGUGUAAUUGCCCGGUGCAUAAGGAUGAACGCCACGAUGCAAUCCCGUCAACAUCUGGAUCUAACAUAAACCCUACAGUCAGCGGGCCGAUUCCUGGACCGUCUACUUCUACAGCGGGAUUACCACCUCCUCCACCCCCGCCCUUAGCGCCUUCUCACCCUCAACAAAUACUACAAAAGCCACAUGUACCAUGUGCACAACAUGACAAAAAUCAGUGCUGCAUCAAAAACAUAUGCUGUAAGAUGGCAGCUCAGGCAAAACAUGUAGAAAAGCAAUAUACUAUGGGCCAAAAUGCGUCUGCAGGACCUCCUGCUGCAACGCCAUACAUGUCAUCGCCAUGUAACUGCGGCAUACACUCAAAUCCACACGGAAUAUACGGUCCUGUUUACAACAAUGGUGGUCCAGCACACGUCAUGCAACCCGGUCCGAGCACAUCUCGCUGUGCGAUGAAAUCCUACGAUCGAACGCAUGUGUCCUCAUAUUCUGAAUGCGAUACAAAUGCAAUGCCCGGAAGUUCAACAAAAUCUCUGCCAAAAAAUAGUCACUCAAGUGCUAUGCAACUAUGUAACAUGGAAACAGCGGGCCCGUCGACUGCCGCUCCCUUCCAACCAUCAUCUGCACCUGCAGCUAUUCCUAUCAAAAUUCAUCAACCGGAAUGCGCCCUUAGUAAGAGAUCUGUUGAUUCGAACAAUUCGAACACCAACAGUUUAAAGUCGAAAACAACUACAACCAACAGUUCCUCGAAAGUCUCAUCUCUACUAGAUCCCAUUAAAAUUAACCGUAAGCCAAACUGUCUAUCGAAAUGCAUAGAUUGUAGCAUUGGUUGUGAAGUUGAAUUUCCUCUAGAUGCCAUAGCUUGCAUUUUCGAUUGUUUAACAGAGGCAUGCAUAAUGCCGGAAGCUAUGGUUAACGAAAUGAGCCGCAUGGCCUACGAGAUAGGUGCAACUGGAAGUGGUCAAAACAACGUUACUCCUCCGGAAGAUGUCAACAUUAUUCCGCCUAAAUAUCGCCACAUCCCGGUGCCAGGGAGCAAAGAUAAAUAUGAGACAUACUUAACGUUAGCAUUUGAAGCAGCAAUACUGGCUUUGAGUAAGCAGCGCAUUAUGCCGCAUGGCCUAUAUGCACAACAUGUUAUAUGCAAACAACAAGAUCAGUUGAUAUCUCGCCUGCGGAAUAUAGACCUCGAUCAAAUGCUGAUUGACGUUCUAAAGCAUCUUAGUAUUCAAUUACUUGACGGUGGUUCCACAAGCGGUCUAGGAGAGAUGAUCCAUCCCGAAUCGGUUCCUAUGCAUACCCUAGCUAGAUUCCUGUUUGCCUCCCUGCUCAAUCAAUAUUCAGAUUUGGCCUUUAACAUCGGGCUGCGUGCGAUGCGUUUCCCAAUUCUCGAGAACAUCACCGAAGGUUCCGUUAACGGAAUUGAGAUGCAGCACAAUAAUUUUAUGCAUUCGCCGUAUCCUCGCUGGUGGACACUCGGACAUUUGGAAACACAGCAAUGCUCACUCAGCUCAACCAUGCUGAGUGCUGCCAAGGGAGAUACAAAGCGUUUGUCGGCGGUGUUGGAAAAUGCCAGGCGAAACAUACACAGCUCUUCUCAUCUGUUCAAGCUGGCGCAAGAUGCGUUUCGAUUUGCUACUCCGGAAAACGGUCCACGGAGUCAAACACUAUUGGGCGUGGCGUUUGAGCUGGGACUGCAAGUAAUGCGUAUGACAUUGACCUGUUUGAAUUGGCGUCGUAGAGAGAUGGUGCGAUGGCUCGUUACGUGCGCUUCACAUGUGGGUCUAGAGGCACUGAUGUCGAUCAUGCAGAACUGGUAUCAUCUUUUUACACCAACUGAGGCAACUGGACCUGUUGCCACUACAAUAAUGUCACAUUCCACGAUCAUGAGAUUAAAUUUAAACUUCCGGCAACAAGACGAACUGUCAAACUGUGCCCGAACCCUAGCUCUUCAAUGUGCAACCAAAGAUCCACCAAACUGUGCUCUGAAUGCGCUAACAUUAUGCGAAAACGAUGCUAUGGCCUUCGAAACCGCCUAUCACAUUGUCAUAGAUGCAGCUACUCAUAUUAUGACUUCCAGUCAGCUAUUCACAAUUGCUAGGUACAUGGAACAUAGAGGCUAUCCAUCCCGGGCUUACAAUUUGGCAAUGCUAGCUAUGAAAAACGUGCAGUUGGCGUAUAACCAAGAUACCCAUCCAGCCAUCAACGAUAUCCACUGGGCAUGUGCUCUAUCGCAUUCUUUAGGAAAGGCUGAACUGUCCAAGAUGAUACCCUUGGUGAUAAAAAAUGUGCAAUGUGCCACGGUUCUUUCGGACAUUUUGCGUCGUUGUAGUGUUCCUACCCCCGGGAUGCAUAAUUUCAGUACACACGGUAGAGGCAACAAUAUGCGUCAGUGCAUGAAAUUAAGCUACGACAGAGAACCGCUUAAUCAGUUACUGGAAGCAGCUGUUUCCGCUUACGUUAACACUACGCACUCGAGAUUGUCCCAUAUAUCUCCAAGGCACUACAGUGACUUCAUUGAUUUUCUCAGCAAAGCAAGGGAUACUUUUAUGCUUGCUCGUGAUGGGCCAGCACAUUUCUCCCGGUUGAUCGAGAAUAUCACAAUCGCAUAUAAAGGCAAGAAAAAACUGGUUCGUCAGGUAAGACAACGGUUCCAGUUUGUCUAAAAUUUUACUGUGUCAUUAUAUAAAAUACCUAUUAAAAAUAGUUGCAAAGACAAGAUGCUAACGCAAAAUAAAAUUGAAAAAAACAUAGCUAGAAUAACAAAUUAAUGACAUUGUUUUAGGUGGUUUGACGUUUGUUUUCAUUUCACAUGUUAUUCAUACAGUAACUUACAGUAUUAUUCACAGUAAUAGUGUUCUUCCACUUUUGUUCACAAGAUUUUUGUUGUGGUUGCCUGUUUCGAUUCUCUUUUUUAGAUUUUUGUUGGGAUCGUAAGUCCCAUCAUUGCCGUUAGGUUUUGUUUAAUUAAUUCAUGAUUUUUGCUUAGCAAAGAAAAAAAAACGUGCAAAAGCCGUUGGAGUGAAUAAACUGUGCUCUAAAAACGACAAAAUUCUCUAUUAUUGAGCAGAUACUGUAAUUAAGUGAUGUAUAGUAUAGACCAAUAAGCUUAGGCCAUGACUUCCAUUUUAUAAUUAAUGCAAACAUAACACAUAAAUGACAUUAACUACUUACAUAUUAGCAAGUGUAUUGAAAAUAUAUAGAAAAUUAUGGAAAUCAAUAGCUUAUAUGGUAUAAUCAAAUAUUAAAAAUAAGAAAUGAGUUACUAUUGCUACCAAACCAACUGAUAUGUGCGGACUCUUUCAUUAGAAGAAGGCUAAGAAGCGUACGAACUGAUUGCCGAAUGUUCUUAGUUAAUAAACCACAAUUCUUUAUGUUAAGAAAUUGUAAUCACCAAAAUUCGGCAUUUCAAUAAAAAACAGCUAAAUGUUAGCCAAGCCAGAUGUUCUAUGUUUAUAUUUUUUUAAGAUUUUCAACAAAACUUGUGCCACCAUAUCUGUGCCGAAAAAUGACUUUGAGAGAUUUCAGUUCGAAUGAAAGACAAAGUGACGUUUAGUAUAAUUUCGCCAAUUUAGUUAAAAUACCUCAAAUAUUUAUGUAAACUGUAUUGCUAGAUAAAUUUACAAAAUUUUAUUUAAGUUCAUCUUGUACUAUUUAAUGCUGAAAUAAUAGAAACCUAAUAGGACACAGAUAUCAAGACCAUGAAAGUAAACUGAAUAGGAAUAGAAUCAAAUUAAAAACAAAAUUACCUGUGCGCAGAAAUAGCAGCCUACAUGAAAUAUUGGAACAUAGAACUGUUCGAAUGAUGCUGAAACUAUGAUUUCAGUGCAUUGCAUCAUACACAGACAUAUGCAAAUAUUUACUGCCAAACAGAAAAUAAAACUAAUCAAAUGAAGAUACCGAUUACAUAAUAUAGUAAUGGUUGAAGCACUGUAAUUAAAAAUCCGUAAAUAAUCAUGUCAGUAUUCCUACCUAACUAAAAUGAAUGACAUUUCAUAAAGCUUUCUGCUUUAUAUAGACGUAUUUUCAUUAAGUUGAGCGCUUGUCAAGACUCGAAUUAUUUUUUAGUGCCGUGUCUGCUUUUUACAAAGUUUGGAUUGUUUAGCCUCUACACAACAUAAAUUUUUUACCGACAUAAAUUUAUUAAUAUGCUUAGUUUCGGAUUUGUAAUGAGACCGUAGUCGGCUAACACAUUUGAAGUCUUUAUUACAGAUAGAUGUUCAUUCAUUCAGUGUAAUCUGUUUAGAUUAAACAGAUAGAUGUUUUUUUUUAUAAAAAAUACAUGAAAUAUUAUCUUUUCAAAGCAUAUCUACAUAAACCGCUGAUGAUAAUUUCAAUGUGAAUAGCAGUCACGGUGAACUGAAAAUUAGUCAUGCUAACCAACCGUAAUAAAUUAUGUAUUUUCUACAUGCAGAUCUAUUUCAAUAGGUUAUCUCCAGUGGAGGCAUAAGUACUAGAACGUUAAUUGCGCAGCACUCACUAAAAUAUGUCCCUGAUUCUGCAUUGGGCUUCAUGUUACAUAGUGAAUGCUUUGUUCGAUACCAAACGUUGGUUUGACAUUGCCAAGCCGUGGCAAGUUAGACGUUCGCAAACAUAAGCGACAUUUAGCGAUCUUUUACUUCGACAUCACCUCUAUGAACGAACUAAAAACAUGUUUUGUUGCAUUUCCCGCCAUCAGCGUUUGGCAGCCAAAAAUCCUUUUGUUAGUAUUUUGUUAGGAUGUGAGUUUAUCUCAGGUACUGUAAAGUUUAAUUAUGUAAUAAACAAAAUGAUAUGUCGAUUGACACAUUAAUGCGACAAACUUAAUUAUAUAAAUAUACGAACAUGAUAAAUUGCAAAAA